AUGGGCGGCAACGGCUGGCCGACUGCAAGCAUGGCUGCUCCCCCACCAACCUCUCCUCCCGAGGUCGAGGCCACCCUCGCUCGUCUCGCAUCGUACAAGAACGUCCAAGGCGUCCUCAUCCUCGCUCGCACCACCGGCAUCAUCCUUCGAUCAACCGGCUCCCUCUUCGCGCUCCAACCCGCACCUGCAGCUACCGCCACGGACGACACGCCUGUCGAGGACGACCCGGUCGUGCCCACUACGAGCGAACUCGCGCGGCGGUACGCCAAGUCGGCCGUGAGCAUCGUCGAGGCGGUUGCGGCCGAGGUCAAGGACGUCGACGAGGACCAGUCGGACGACGUGCGGUUCCUGCGCAUCCGCACCAAGCGGCACGAACUCAUCAUCACGCCCGACGACCAGUACAUCCUUGUCGUCGUCCAGGAUCCGCCGCAGUGA